CGAAUUCAUCAACGACUCCGGUGACGGACUCGACUAACGCGUAGCUGGGACAUUUCACCUACUGAGAAGGACGGAGAACACUUGCAAGGACACGACGACACGAGACGCGACGGACCCUAGCCUCUAGACAAGCACACAAAGGUAGACAUGUCCUCUCGUUCUCCAACCGCACAUUUUCUCGGUCUCGAGCUCGCGACGGACCAGCUGCGCGCUGCUGUUGUCGACGAGCAACUCGAUCUUGUCGGCGUUGAGGUUGUGGAUUUUGAUUCUGAGCUCGCGGAAUUCCAGACGCAUGGAGGCAUCUUCACUACUCCCGGAGAGGCGUAUACUACACCUGUCGAGAUGUGGAUUCAGGCUCUUGAUUUAUUGUUGCAGAAAUUACACCGUAAUUUCGAUUUGUCGAAAAUAAAAUCUAUUGGCGGGUCUGCUCAGCUCGCAUGUGUCUGGUGGAAAUCUACCAUCUCACCAACUCUCCUCCGCUUCACCGACCCAACACAUUCACUCCACUCACACCUCUUCAACGCAGGUAAUCCCUUCACUCUCCCCAACACACCCGUCGCACAAGACACGUCAACGCUCCCUCAAGCACUAGCUUUAGAACACGCACUCGGCGGUCCAGACGCAGCAGCCUCACGUCUCGGUACACCCUCCCACGCCUCCCUCCUCGCAGCACACACUCUCCGUAUGCGAGAAACUCAACCAGAUAUCUGGAUGAGAACUGGUAGACUCACACUCGCUAGUACGCUUUUUUGUAGUUUGUUUUUGGGUGGGUGGGCACCGACUAGUGAGAGUGAGGCGUGUGCUACGGGGAUGUGGAGUGUUCAUUCUCGGGCUUGGGAUGAAAUGGUUUUGGAAAUUGUUGCUGGGUCAAGUGCGUAUGAGCAUGCUGGACGGUUGAAAGUGAUGCUUGGGGAGGUGGAUAUGAGUGGUGGAGGACGGAAAGUUGGGAAUAUUUCGCAGUAUUUUGUUGAUCGGUUUGGUUUUAGUCCUGAAACGAUAAUUCUCCCAUUCACAUCCGACUACCUCUCAACAUACCUCUCUCUCUGUCCCUCCCCCAUCGACGCAGUACUCUCCUUCGGACCAAUGGACGUCAUGCUAACUCCCGCAACGCAAUACCUACCGAAUAGACUUUACUCUCUGAUUCCGCACCCUGCGCAGGAUAGUGGUGAGAAGAGGAGGUAUGUGGCGGCGUUGAUGAAUAGAAAUGGUGACGUUCCGAGAGCGCUGGUUCGCGAUAUGUAUACGAAGAGCUGGAGUGCGUUUGAUAGGCUUAUAGCUAUCGUUCCUCCAGGUGGUUCUAUCGGGCUGGACGACAAACUCUUCAGCUUCUGGCACCUCCAAGCCGAAGCCUUCCCCUUCUCACACGUCAAAGGUAUCUUCCGGUUCGAGACAGGUAUCAAGACGAGCGAGUUUAGAGACUUGAGAGCGAAUCCGAGGUGUUUGCUUGAGUCGCAGAUUCUUUCGUUUAGGAUAAGGUAUGCGAGGAUGAGAGCUUCGGCGUUGUAUAGUCGUCCCGGAACCGCUACCCCGCAACAUCCUUCACAGUCUCACAUUCAGAAUUCUGUCGUGAAUCCGGGCACGGGAAUUGGAAUGGGAUUUGGGUCGGGAUUGAAUGGAGUUACGUUUGAUCCAUACGCGACUACUCCGUUACCGAGGAGAGUGAUAGCUACGGGAGCAGCGGCGAACUUCCCGUCUAUCGUUAACCUUCUAGGUGAUAUCUUCAACGCACCGAUAUUUAUCCCGCAAACGCAAUUGGAGUCUGCACAUGCUGUUGCUCCCUCAGGGUCUUCCGGUUCUUCCGUGUCUAUGUCUGUAUCUUCUGUGCCUGGGUCUGCUGGGUCUGCUGCUGGGAUGGGGACGGGAGGACCGAUGACGCAGUUUGCAGCUGCACAUCGUAACGCACCUGCACCUGGCUAUCCUUCCCGAGCGGCUUUGGGAGGGGCGUACGUUGCGAGGUGGGCUUGGAGUCGUGAGCGGUCGUCUGCCGCUAAUUCUAGUUCGAGUUCGAGCUCGGGUGGGACGUAUGAAGAUGAAGUGAGGAGAUUGCUUGCGAGGAGGUGGAACCUCCGAGCUAAACAACAUACGUCCAGUGGCUCAGGGACGCAUUCACCCGCACCGUAUUUGAAACAUCAGAGAAGUGCGGGGUUGGGAGCGGACAUACUUGUGGAAGAAGACGAAGAAGAGGAAGACUCUGCGUACCGAACUCCUGGAUUAAGUUCUGGAACAACAAACACACAAAGCAGCAGCAGCAGUGGUAUUGGUACUGGCAGUGCGGGUAUGUACGGGAUGUCAGCAACGACUCCACCACCGCGCGUACGGACCGCAACGGGUUCUUCCUCUCUGGCGACUACGAAUAGCGCUGGUGUGAAUUCUGCGUUGAGUAUGAGUCCUGCUGUGAGUGCGGGGGGUAGUACGACGUUUACGGCGUUGACGUCUCCGGAUGUGGGGUCUUAUGGUAUUGCUAGUCCUACUGGACCUAUGUCAAGUGGGUUUGGCGGCGGACCGGGAUCGGGGUUAGGAGCGGGGGCUUCAGGUGCUUCACCUGGGACGCUCACCCCCUCAUCUAUCGAUCCGAACAACCCACUUAACUCUUCAGGAGUAGGAGCAGGAGGGACUGGUGCAGGAGGAGCACCACCAGCCCCGACUGGGAUCACACCUUUAACACCUGUAGGAGCCUUACCAACCGGAGACGCAGAAGCGCAAUUGGGUUGGACGAAAGUGGCGGAACCUGACGUGGAUGCGUUCAUGGCGUAUGCGAGUAUCGUUCCGGAGUUUGUGAGGCUUGAGGGGUUAUUGGUUAAGUCGCUUGUAUAGGUGCAACUUAUCACAGAGCCGAUAUUCCGUUGUUUUAUUUAUAAAUGUCCGCUGACACGCCUCGCCCUGACUCCUCGAAACGUAUUGGAACGCUUUAUUCGCUCUCGCACACACACUGACGAGUUACACUCAACACUCAUCUCCUAGCUCUGUAUCAUACAUCAAACAAAAAAGCUAUCGAUCUAUCCACCUAUCCGUCUGUCUUGGUGACUGAGAUCGGACUCCACUCUUUUAUCCUUCCGUUUGCUCACUCUUAAUCUCAUUUUUUCGUCUACUCUCUCUAUCUUUCAUUAUUACCAAUCUUUUCUCUCCUCGCUCGCUCAUCUCUCUCUCUGAAUCUCCCUAUCUCUCUCAAUCCAUUCGUUUAUCUCUUGGGUAGAUCAUCUCUAGGCUAACUUUAACAUGCAAGUUUCCUCGCUCCUUCCCUCUCUUCAUCUACCAUCUACUACCUCUAUCUCUAUAUCUCUCCUCAUCC